AGCAGAGUCAGUUCUCGUUUGCCUUGUAUCUCGAAAGGUACGUCGGGGUGUUGUGUGGUUUUGUUUUGUAUACCACUGGUGGAUCGUGAGUCGUGGGUCUCGAAUUGACAGCAGCUGUACUCUCGGACCUCAGCGGAGGUUGUAAAGUUUUAUGUGAAGCAGACGUGUGCGUUGCUGGGACGUGUUGGGUAAUCGUUCGAAAGAUGGUGAUUUCCGAUCGUGACAAGUAGUGAAUGUAAUAAAUCUUACGAGAUGCGUCUGUCAGCGAGGAUUAAAUGCUUCAGAUAUCUGGUAUACGCGUAUAUUGUUUUGAUCUCGUUUUGCGGCUACGCGCAGCUUGUAAUUGGCGCGUUUUUACUAUGGAACCAUCGACAGUAUUCGAUGUUAGUUAACGAUAAGUUCUGGGAGCCGUUUGGAGUGUCCAUCGCGUUGGGGAUGGUCACCGAACUGCUCUGCUACCUAGGGUGGACUUCAACGAGCAAAAAGAAUCGAUGUUACUUGGGAACGUUCUGUGUAUUUUUAGUGCUGCUCAUUGUGGUACAAUUCUUGAUCGGCAGCUGGGUCUAUGCAGCAACCAAACGGCUUGUCGUUCCCGCCGAGCAGGCCAUCGAGGUCAGCUUCAGCCAGUUCAUCACGAAACCAGGUGCCAUUAAAGAUCAAACCCACAUCUGGAACCUACUUCAGCGGGAUUUUCAAUGCUGCGGAUUAACUGGAAAGUCCGACUACAAGACCGAGGGACGUCCGUGGUCCUGCACCAACCCAGUUGACAACAAGGACUUCGAAAACGGAUGCACGCACGCUCUGAUCGAGAGCGUCAAAUCGGGCAUGCUGAAGGUGGCGAUAGUGGCGGUUGUAGCGGCGUUCACACAGAGUCUGGGCGUAUUCUGUGUAAUUGAACUGGUGACCCUGCUGAAACGGCCCAAGGUGCCCCUGCAGAAUGGAGAUAACCAUUCGAUGCGCGUGAAGCGGCCCCGCGAGAUGGUGCCACUAUCAGCGACCGCUAGCUCCAGUCAGUAUCCCCCAGCAGCACCAACACUAAUGAUGCCACACAGCAGUACAAAACCCCCCAUUGCGCAGAAACCGAUCAUACCCAAAAUUGAUCCUCCCAUCAUCAAACAGGCUAUUUAAAACAUAGUGAUUAGUAUUUUCAUUCAUCUUUCUCUCGACUGAUGUUUCGCACUGUAUAGGUGUAUCUGUAUACCAACUGAAUUUUAAAUGCUCCUCCAACGUAGCUACAGCGAAAAGCCAUUUCGUCCAUAUACGUUAUUUUUAUUUUAAAUGAUAAACGAGUACUUAUCUCUAUAUGUAGGUUGUAAGAUUCAUCGAUUUAGUCGUUAUCUUUUAUACCAUAUCUGCCAACCACGAGGAGGAAACGUAUUUCUACCGCUAAGCAUUAAGGGUUGCUCCGAGCUCUGUCGGACUCGAAUAGACUAGACGUACAUAAUUUUUGUAUUAGGAAUUAUUUAAAAUAAAAAUUGAUCAUAUUUAGUAUUUAAUUCA